AUUUCUUUUUUUCAUUUUUAUCACUUUAUCUUUCUCGUAGAGAACUAGUUAUUUUUCCCGGCAACAUGCAGAUUUUCGUAAAGACCCUCACUGGCAAGACCAUCACUCUCGAAGUUGAAUCCUCUGAUUCUAUUGAAAAUGUGAAGCAUAAGAUUCAAGAUAAGGAAGGUAUCCCACCUGAUCAACAACGUCUUAUCUUUGCCGGUAAGCAAUUAGAAGAUGGCCGCUCUUUAUCCGACUACAAUAUUCAGAAGGAAUCUACCCUUCACUUGGUCCUUCGUCUCCGUGGUGGUAUGCAGAUUUUUGUCAAGACUCUCACUGGCAAGACCAUUACCUUAGAAGUUGAAUCGUCUGAUUCUAUUGAAAACGUUAAACAAAAGAUUCAAGACAAAGAAGGUAUCCCACCUGAUCAACAACGUCUCAUCUUUGCCGGUAAACAGUUAGAAGAUGGUCGCUCCCUCUCCGACUACAACAUUCAAAAAGAGUCCACUCUUCAUUUGGUGCUUCGUCUUCGUGGUGGUAUGCAAAUUUUUGUCAAGACUCUCACUGGUAAAACUAUCACUUUAGAAGUCGAAUCAUCCGAUUCAAUCGAAAACGUCAAACAAAAGAUUCAAGACAAAGAAGGUAUUCCUCCUGAUCAACAACGUUUGAUUUUUGCUGGUAAGCAACUUGAGGAUGGUCGUUCUUUAUCCGACUACAACAUUCAGAAGGAAUCUACACUUCAUCUGGUCCUUCGUCUCCGUGGUGGUAUGCAGAUCUUUGUCAAGACUUUGACUGGUAAAACCAUUACCUUAGAAGUUGAAUCGUCUGAUUCUAUUGAAAACGUCAAGCAAAAGAUUCAAGAUAAGGAAGGUAUCCCACCUGAUCAACAACGUCUUAUCUUUGCCGGUAAGCAAUUAGAAGAUGGCCGCUCUUUAUCCGACUACAAUAUUCAGAAGGAAUCUACCCUUCACUUGGUCCUUCGUCUCCGUGGUGGUAUG